CGUCUCUGAGAUGGUUAUGAUCGGCAGAUUGAGUCCGUAGGUUCCGUGGAUUAAACUCCGCCCCCCCCGGAUUAAAAAAAAAAACCAGCAGAGAGCUGGUGACGUAGUUACGGUUACGGUGGUGGGGGAUUGACACUCCGAAGAAAAGAAAUGGCGAUGCUAGGAGGCUUUAGCUCCGCACAGCAAAAGAAAAAUGUCUCUGAGGGAAGCGGCGACAUGACAGAAUUUGUCUGCCCAGUUUGUCUCGAAAUUUUCGACAGCCCCGUAACAACACAAUGCGGACAUACAUUCUGCCAGAGCUGUCUGCAGGAGUGUUUGCGUCCCCAGAAACCUGUGUGUGCAGUGUGUAGGGCAGCUCUGGGUCCCUGGACUAAAGCGACUGAGCUAGAUGCCAUCAUCCAUUCAUCCGUGGCAGCUUGCAAGGGAUGUGGAGUUCAGGUUGGCCUUUCCCAGAUGAGAAGCCACACAGCUGCCUGCUCUAAAUACCAGGAGUACAUCGAAGAGGGAGUGAGGACCACUGCCCAGAGUCAGCCUGCCAUCAUCAGUUCAGUGCCAAAUCGCUACACCUUCACCUGCCCUUACUGCAACUGCCAGAACCUCGAUCAGGAUGGCCUGAUUGAGCACUGCACCUCCCAGCACGCUCGAGAUGCACGCCAAGUGGUGUGCCCUAUCUGUGCCUCAAUGCCUUGGGGGGACCCUAACUACAGGAGCGCUGACUUUUUCCAGCACCUGAAGAUUAGACACACCUUCUCCUAUGACACCUUUGUUGAUUACUCCACAGAUGAGCACACAAUGAUCCAGGAGGCUCUACAGCGCUCCCUCAUGGAGAACUGAGCUGUGAGGAACAAUCCACCAAAGGAGGAAUAAAGUAAAAUGAGAGAUUGUGAUGUUGUGUCUUGAGAAGACAGAGCAAAGUACUGUAUCAUCAUUUGUCUAUCACAAAGGAUGGUGGUAUAACCGUGGGUAAUCUGCAUCAAAGGGAAUUGUUAUUGUAACUAUGACUCUAGAGAUUUAUUAUCUAGAAAAUUAAUCAUACAAUAUGGUUAAAAAAGUGCUCUCUGAUUUAGGAGUGAUACAGUGUUGCUGGUGUGAUAAUCUUGUAUCUUCCCCCUAAUUGAGCCUGUAGAUUUGAUAGUUUGUUGGAUAUCCACUAAACCAUGUUUAUUUGAGCUGUUCAUUGAUUGAUGGCAUUGUCAUAUAGCCCUCCCCCCACACCCUCCCCAAAAAAAAAAAAAAAAAAAAAAAAAAAUCCAAGGUUGUGUUUAAAUUCCUACUGUCGUCAAUACUUGAUGUUAUAAGAGGGUUGUACCACUAGGUGGCUAACUAUUGCCAGGAAACAACAAACUUUACCCGGUGAAGUCUUUGUUAAAUAAUGUUAACAAUAUAAAGUACUCUUCUUAAAUGAGUGACUCUGCAUGUUUUACUCCCAGAAACAAAGAGACACUGCUUUUUUUCUUUUUUUGUGUGUGUGCAUAGUUUAAUUUGAUGGGGAUCUCAUUUUUUAUGCUUUACUUGACUGUGUGUGUGAGAGAGAGAGAGAGAGAGGGAGAAGGAGAAGGGGUGUUCUGUUCUCUUCAUUAUGUUUUUUUUUCUCCCCUUGAGCUCGACUAGGAAGAAUAAAUAACAAGAGGGUCAAGCAAGGCCUGAGACGGCUGUUUACUUAAUGUUUCUCCCUUAUGUCUUUGUGGCUGCUGGUAGAUCUUCUUGACUUCCAAAUGCUCACAGGGCUAAUAAUUCAGCCAAUUAAGUAAAAGAUGCAAGCAUUAGGCCAGCAGUAUGUCAUAAUUGGUCAGUUCAAUUAUUUUCAUGCUGUCAUGUGGCAACAGUUUGCAUCUUUAUGGCCAUAGGAGGGCAGUAGAGCUCCAUCAUUCUCUGGCCAUCCAUCACAGCCGCUGGCCCUCACCGGCCUCCUGGCUCAGACGCAAGACAUAAUUCAACACACAUUUCAUUCUAUAAAUGUGCUUCCCUCAGUCUGUUCUUCAGCCUGGGUUUUUCAACAGGGCUAUGUUCAAAUGAGGCACACAGAAAUAUCCCUGAUCUAUAGAAACUCAGCGCUGUGGGGCAUUUGUCAUAAUUUUACUCGAGUAUUAGACAGUUGGUGAUAUGACGCUGAAAUAUGAUUUUUGUCACAUAUUGCUGUCUUUUAUUCUUAUGCCCUGUGUCUCGAAUGUCCCCUCAAAAAGACACUCCUUUCUUUAUUUUGCUGGAGAAAUACCAACAUAGUUUAUGCUUCCAAUAAGUGACAGUUCGGUUUAGGUAAGAAUUUGGUGACUGGAAAGUACUCUCUUUCAGAUUUUGAAGUGACAGUUAUUUUAUCUUUGUACUAUACACAUAAAAUAAGUCUGGUGUUUUCCGUCUAUCAUCUGACAUGUAAGCAAAUUGUCAUUUGGUACAAACCUUCACAGACCUCUUGAUCACAUCCACAUCCUACAUCAAUGGGUAAAAAACACAACACAAACCCAGAUGAAGUAGCACUGGCUCGGCGCCUGAAUGCCUUUUCACAUAGUCCUUGGUGCCACUUAGACCUCUGUCUUGCUUUUUUUUUCUCUCCAAUAAAAUGUGUAAUAAUUUUG